AUUAUAUAUAUAUAUAUAGAUAUAUAUACUUAUCUCCUUGUUGAAUAGAAUUAGUUGACUGUUAAUUUCUUGAAGAAACAAUUUAUUAAUCAUGGGGUUUCAAAGGUUUCUUGGGUUUAUCUUGUUCUUGAUGAUGGGGUUUCUUUUUGGUUCAUCUGAAGCUUACAAGUUUUAUGUUGGUGGUAGAGAUGGUUGGGUUUUAAAUCCUUCUGAGAACUACACUCAAUGGCCUCACAGAAACAGAUUUCAAGUCAAUGAUACUCUCUUUUUCAAGUACAAGAAAGGAUCUGACUCAGUCUUCGUGGUGAAAAAGGACGAUUUUAACUCAUGCAAUACAAAAAACCCUAUACAGUCUUUAACAGACGGUGACUCUUUAUUCACGUUUGAUCGUUCCGGGCCAUUUUAUUUCAUCUCUGGACAUGCUGAUAAUUGCAAGAAGGGCCAAAAGUUGAUUAUUAUUGUAUUGGCUGUGAGACCCACAAAGCCUUCUGCUACUCCUGCCCCUCCAUCCCCUUCUCCAUUGGCAACACCACCUGAGUCUCCAUCAUCUUUACCCACUCUUUCUCCUCCUCUUCCGCAGCCGUCUCCGGCUGAUUCAAAUGGUUCAGAAGUGGCGCCACCUCAUUCGGGCUCUCAGAGUUCGACUGGUUUUGUUGGGUUGGUUUUGGGUGCUUGUAUUGGGCUGGGUUUUAUAUUGGGCUAAUUCAUUAGGGUUUUAGCUAUUUUCUGAUUUUGAUUAUAGAUUAAAGAAAUUAAGAAGGCUUGCUUACGCCUUCGUAUUCAUUAUUUUGUUCUUAAAUUUAUUCUUAUUUUAUUUUUUCA